AUGGGUUUAUUUCUUUCAGUUCAGUUCACUGACGAGCUUAGCUUUGGUCAUUUGGUUAUGAAUGAAAACGCGGAACCAUUUUUCUAUACAUUGAGACUGAUUUCGGAAUCUGAAGAAAUUCUUGAUGAAGUCAACAUGAAAAAGCAUUGGACACAUCCGCUUGUCACUCAAAUCACAGUAUCCCAAGAUGGUCUCUAUGGAACUAUUUUCAAACCACCCGGCCCAGGACCAUUCCCUUGUAUCAUAGAUAUUCCUGGAAUUAAUGGACGUAUAUCAAAACGACAUUCUGCAGUUUUUUCUUCGGAAGGGUUCCUUGUUUACACUUUUGCUGCCUUCGAUUAUAAAGAUCUACCAAAGAAACUGCAAGAUGUUGAUAUAGAACUUUACUCGAGACAUAUCAAAUUUGUGCAGUCUCUACCCUACUGCUCCAACAAAAUAGCUCUCUACGGUCUCUCACUCAGUGGAACAAUCGCAAAUUAUUUAUCUACGAAACACUCCGAAUUAUCUGCAGUCGUGUCUGUAAAUGGACCUGAAGCGUUCUACAGACCAAUGGCCGAAUUCAAAGAAAAUGGGAAAGCAAUGAAUUGUGAGGAAUUUGAUGGAAAUUUAUCAGAGAAGAUAAAUGGUGUUAUCAAACAAAAACGAGCAUUUCUAGAUGCAUUCAGUAGAUUGAAACCUGAAACAAGUAUAAAAUGGGAGCAGAUUUCAAAGAAAAUUCAAUUUCGAUUAGUGGGGUCUAUGGAUGAUUGGAUCAUCUGUGGCGUCACAAAUUGCUUGCACAUUCGAGAUAAUCUUCUCAAAACUGGACACAAAGUAGAAAUUGAUCUUGUCGCUGCAGGUCAUACCAUGCUUGUUCCAUACUGUCCGCAUCAGGCUCUAGCAUACAACAAAUUUCAUAAAAUUUGUCUGGGAUCUGGAGGAGAAACGACCUUGAAUAACAAAUCGGGUGAACAAGUUUGGAAUAAUCAUUUGAAAUUUUUCAAGAGACAUUUGGGAACUCCUGUGAAAAUGCCUGAUUAUAAGAGGAAAGCUGUGAUUGAGCUACCUAGAAAGGUUAUUAGUAAACUUUGA